AUGGCAUCCUGGUUCCAAAUCCCCAAGAACUCUCCCUUUUCCCUCGCCAACAUCCCGUUCGGCAUCAUCUCCGCGCAGUCGGCAUCAAAAGUAGCCGCAAUUGCCAUCGGUGACCAUGCCCUGGAUUUGAGUGCUUUUGCUUCCUCUGGAGGCUUUUCACAGCUUCCAGCAAUUGAGAAACACCUGGGUGUCUUCAGCCAAUCGACAUUGAAUGACUUUGCCGCCCUGGGCCGCCCUGUGCACCGCCAGGUGCGCGAAUAUCUACAGAACGUCUUCCGCGCCGACACGCAAUUCCCUCAGAUUCUGAAGGACAAUGCUUCCCUACAGAAAUCAGCCCUCCUGCCUUUGUCACAGGUCACCAACCAUGUCCCUAUGCAGAUUGGUGACUACACCGAUUUCUACGCCGGUCUGAACCAUGCCUAUAACAUUGGAGUCUUGUUCCGCGGUCCGGACAACGCUCUCCAGCCCAACUACAAGCACUUGCCUGUCGCUUACCACGGACGUGCAUCCUCCGUGGUUCCCUCCGGCACGCCUCUUCACCGUCCCCAAGGCCAAAUCCUAGCCAACCCUGCCGCCGAUCCUAAAGUCCCUACUUUCUCUCCCUGCAAGAAGCUCGACAUUGAGUUGGAACUUGCAUGCUUCAUCAGCAAGCCCAACGACCUUGGUAAGCCCGUUCCAAUUGAUGAGGCUGAGGACCACAUCUUCGGUCUGGUCCUUAUGAACGACUGGUCCGCCCGCGACAUCCAGGCCUGGGAGUACGUUCCCCUGGGUCCCUUCAAUGCCAAGAACUUCGGCACCACCAUCACCCCCUGGGUGGUUCUCAUUGAUGCUCUGGAGCCAUUCCGUGCCCCCGGACUGGAACCCGGUAACCGCGAGUCUCUCCUGCCUUACCUGCGCGAAAAGCGCGCCGAGAACGGGUUCGAAAUCCCCCUCGAUGUCGAGGUCACCAACCAAGGUGGUCAGCCUACCGUGAUUGCAAAGAGCAAUGCUCGCAAUCUGCUCUACUCUUUCCCUCAGAUGGUUGCUCAUCACACUAUCACGGGCUGCAACUUGCGUACUGGUGACCUGCUUGGCUCUGGUACCAUCUCAGGCAGUGAGCCCAAGACUCAGGGUAGCUUCUUGGAGCAGACCAACGGUAAGACACCGCUCAAGUUGGCUGAUGGUUCUGAGCGCAUGUUCUUGGAGGAUGGAGACACUGUCACUCUCCGCGGAAUGGCGGGUACAGAGGGUAACUACGUCGGCUUUGGCGACUGUGUCGGUACCAUCUUGCCUGCUGUCUCUCUGCAGUAG